GCGAGCCGGUCCAGUUAGUCCGACGCGCGGUCCGCCGGUCCGGCAGCCCUCCCUCGCCAUUUCUCACUCAUCAUCCUCCUCCUCCUCCUUCCCCUGCUUCCCCACCUGAUUGCUUCCUCUCCCCACCGUCGGCGCCACCCACAGAAACCGCCCGACGGUCGCCUAUGUGAGCCCCUUCUUCUUCCGCCACGCCGCCGCCACCCUUCGGAGUCCGCCAUCCUCCUCUGCGUCGCUUACUCCUUCCUCCACAUCUUCACCUCCGCCGCCUCUCUCUUUUAAGAGAUGAAGAAGCCCAUCGUCGUUGCUGUCCGAAGGAAUGGACAGCGGUCCAGCCUGAUCGUUUCCCCGUGGAUCCCGGUUUGUGAGGGUAGAGUCGGUAUCUCUCGUGUUUCAGAUUCUAAGCAGAGUCCCUCAAGACUCUUACUUUUUGCUUCGGAAAGUCCAACCCCCAAAAAAAUAAGGUUGCGGCGGAGGAAGAAUAAAAGCUAAAGCUUUAUUUGCUUAUUCUUCCUUCCCUACGUUUUCUUUCCGAUUACAAGGCAGGCAUCUAUCCAUGGCUGCCACCCUCGGAGCCGCGCCGAAGCUCUCCUUCUCUCCCUCCGCUCUCCAAACCCUCUCCAGAAGGCUUCCCGGCUCCCCCUUUCUCCUCUCCUCUAAACCCCUCGGCUCUGAUUUUCCGUUUCCCCCACGCUUGCGCUCUUCUUCUUCUUCUUCCCAUCUCCUUCGCCGUCGCAUCUCCACGCGCGCCGGCGCGGGCGGCGACAACGGGGCCGUGAGGGAAACGCAGCACUAUGAUUUUGAUCUCUUCACCAUUGGCGCCGGCAGCGGCGGGGUCCGGGCCUCGCGCUUCGCUGCCAACUAUGGUGCUUCGGUUGCUGUCUGCGAGCUCCCCUUCGCCACGAUAUCGUCCGACUUUGCUGGCGGUGUCGGUGGAACCUGUGUGCUCCGUGGAUGUGUUCCUAAGAAAUUGCUGGUUUACUCAUCCAAGUAUUGGCAUGAACUUGAAGAGUGUCAUGGCUUUGGAUGGACCUACGAAAUUGAUCCUAAGCAUGACUGGAGCACCCUGAUGGCCAACAAAAAUGCUGAAUUGAAGCGCCUUACUGGGAUUUACAAAAAUAUUUUGAAGAACGCUGGGGUAACAUUAAUUGAAGGUCGUGGAAAGAUAAUUGAUCCACAUACUGUUGACGUAGAUGGGAAACUCUACUCUGCUAGGAACAUACUUAUUUCUGUUGGUGGACGACCCUUCCUGCCAGACAUUCCUGGAAAGGAGUAUGCUAUUGACUCAGAUGCUGCUUUAGAUUUGCCUUCAAAACCUGAAAAGAUCGCAAUAGUCGGAGGCGGCUACAUUGCUUUAGAGUUUGCUGGCAUCUUCAAUGGACUAACAAGUGACGUUCAUGUUUUUAUCCGGCAAAAGAAAGUGCUAAGAGGCUUUGAUGAGGAGAUCAGAGACUUUGUUGCAGAGCAGAUGUCUCUUAGGGGUAUUGAAUUUCAUACGGAAGAGUCUCCUCAGGCAAUCUUUAGAUCAGCUGAUGGUUCACUAUCACUGAAAACUAACAAGGGAACUGUUGAUGGUUUCUCACAUGUAAUGUUUGCUACAGGUCGAAGACCAAAUACAAAGAACCUGGGAUUGGAGGAGGUUGGAGUGAAAUUGGCCAAGAGUGGAGCAAUAUUGGUCGAUGAAUAUUCCCGGACAUCAGUUGAUUCCAUCUGGGCUGUUGGAGAUGUUACUGAUAGGAUGAACCUGACUCCAGUUGCAUUGAUGGAAGGAGGGGCUUUUGCAAAAACUGUAUUUGGCAAUGAACCUACGAAACCAGAUUACAGAGCAGUGCCAUCUGCCGUGUUUUCUCAGCCACCUAUUGGAACAGUUGGUCUUACUGAGGAGAAGGCAAUUCAAGAAUAUGGAGAUGUUGAUAUCUACACUGCAAACUUCAGGCCUCUGAAGGCCACUCUCUCUGGUCUUCCUGACCGUGUUUUUAUGAAAAUUAUUGUUUGUACGAGCACAAACAAAGUUUUAGGAGUGCACAUGUGUGGGGAGGAUUCCCCAGAGAUUAUACAGGGGAUUGCUGUUGCUGUGAAGGCUGGACUUACGAAGGCAGAUUUUGAUGCCACAGUUGGCAUCCACCCUACAUCUGCAGAGGAAUUUGUCACAAUGAGGACUCCAACUCGAAAAAUCCGGAGGAGUUCUUCGCCUCAUGAGGAAAAGACUGAUGAUGGGAUCAAGUCAGCAGUAGAUGUUUAAAACUUCUAAAGCUGCAGGUGCAAGAGCAGAUUUAGAUGUGGGAGGAAGCAGGUGUCUUAAGGAAAUAAGGAAGCAGUAGUGCGGAUAAGUUUCCAGGGAGAUUCUGAAGCAGUUGCACCACCUGAAGCACAAGAUUUCUGCUACUAAGCUUGUACUAUGCUGGUGCUUGUGUAUUGUGCUGGUGCUAGACAUGGUAUGUAGCUGUAUGGUCUGUGUUAAUCAGUAGUUUAAUCUAUGAGACUAUUCUGGCUAUCAUUCUGCAUCUAAUGCUGCAUAUAUGCUUUUAUCUUGCUGCUGUACUGUAGGCUUUCGUCUAACAUAGGUUGACAGAGAUCUGAGGCUGUUUUGAUCCUAGCUCUUUUUACAUAGCUUCUGUUUACUGUAUAAGAGAGAGUAGAGUUAGUAAACCAGAAUGAUGCACCAUAAUGUCUAAAAGAGACAGGGUUGGGAUUUAUUUCCUGUGAUCCUAAAGCAGUGGACAGUGGAUUCCAGGACCACAUGUUGCAACUUGCAUCUCAUAUAAAAGAUUGGAGAAAGUGCAUUUCAGAUCUUGCAAUUAAGUUAUUAUAGAGAGAGGAAAAGGAAGGAAAGGGCAAACUGUAAUGGUGGAGAUGGAUUUUGAUGAGAGUUGCAUGCCCAUAAUUUUGAAGAUCAAUAUGUAUUGGAGGUCAAACUAGUUGAGAAUGCAAGUUCUCUUGGAAAUUGUUAUUCCUUCUUAAAAAUACUUUGAAUUGUUAAAUGGGAUUUUAAAAACACAUGACACACCUUGAAAAUUAUAGAUGAGUAAAAUUUGUUAAAAGAAAGUGGUUUGGCAAUUGAAAGGAGGGUUAUGAUAAAUGCUUUUAGUUAAAAAGGGGAACUUAAUUGAUUGAGACAGGUUACAGAAAAGAGAAAGAAAUAACUACGAAAUUUAUUUGAAAUCUAGCAAGAAUAAGACAUUAAAAGCAACCUAAAAGUGAUGAAGAUUUGCUUGGUGCAAAGCUAGUUUAUAUGGAGUUGUUGUUGAUUAGGAAGUCCAAGAAAAAAGAAGGUUGUAAUAUUUGUUUUCCACUAAUAUAAUAAUUUUUUAUGCUGUAAGAGACAAUGUUAAAGUCCUUUGAGGAAGUUUUGUGGGAGAAAUGAUGCAGGAGUGAUGUGCUAGUUGUACCCCCAAGAUGCUGUUGGGAGCUUAGGGAAAAUGAGCACUCAUUGGUAGGCCUGCAGAUGGUCUGGUCUCCUUGAAAACUGAAGUGAACCUUAACUAUGACCUCGUCUAAAUUGGAAAUUUUAAUCUGCUGGUCAGAUCAGAUCGAAAUAUCUGGACCAAUUAGUGCAAUCAACCAAACCAAACUGAGCAUUGUAAAUGUCACCAAUUUGGUUGAGUCUGACCAUGCAAA